CGACGAUGGACUACCUACUUUACAGCCUUACCUUCCUCGCCUUCCUCUUCGCCACCAUCCUCUACCUGACCCGCGCCCGCUGGGUCCCGCCGUUCCAGGAUCGCCUUCACAAGGCCCACUUUCCGGGCAGCGCCUACCUUUAUUCGCAUCUCGGGCCGGGCUCUUUUGAGGACGACAUCGAGGCGGGAUUGUCGUCGUCCAACUUCGACCUGACGGGCAAUGUCGAGGGCGGGGACAGCCGGUCGGGUUUGGACGACACGGCCAAGAGGGAGAUCCUGCGGAUCAUGAAGAAGAGGAGGCUCAAGUUUGACGAGGCGAGGAAGGUGUAUAUGGAACAGCGAUUCAAGGAGAACGGGAUUGGCGCCGACGGGAGGCCGAGGGAUCCGAAAUUCGUGAGCUUUUCUUAAGGAGGGGAAACACGAGGUAGGGGUUGCCAUCCCAGAGGGGGAGAUACCCGGGUCGAGGGCGGUUGUUUUUGAUUUCCUGUUCUACUAUUUGUUUAGGUGUGGUUGAGAAAACCACCCAGGCUCUCGUUAUCAUUUCCUUUAUCGCGCAUCAUAUCGCCUCUCACGUACAUUUUCUUUGGCUGGGACUGCAAGGCGUUCAAGGGGUUCCUGGGAGGCUUGGGUCCAUACUUUCUCCGCAGGGGUGGCUUGGACGUUUUCGUGAACUUAGGUGCCGGAUCAGAUACUCGCGUCUUACUCUGACGGUGCCAAAGUGCCAUUACCUAUCUGCAUCAACGGGAAUGGAUAUGGGAUAUACUUUUCCUAGUCUUUUCAAUACAAUACUUUACCGUC